CAGAGAGAGAUGACAGCAAACCUAGAAAUUAUAUUUUGAAACGGAGUUUAUCAGCCAUGUCCAGCAGGGGAGUGAAUAACCUGCGAUUUAAUCAAGAUCAUGGCUGUUUUUCAUGUGCAAUGGAAUCAGGUGUGCGGAUCUACAAUGUUGACCCCUUAGCAGAGAAACUCAGGCUUGGCAUUGAGUCAGUAGGUAGUGUGAGUCAAGUGGAAAUGCUUCAAAGAACCAACCUCCUGGCAGUUGUUGGUGGAGGAGCAAUGCCAAAAUUUGCAGAAAAUGCAGUUCUGUUGUUGGAUGAUUCUCAGAGAGAUAUGCAGAAGAAGCUAGUAAUGGAAAUCACAGUAUCCCAGCCGGUGCUAGGUGUCAGACUAUGGAGAAAAAGAGAAGUUGAACAGAAGUCCUUUAUCAGCUUAAUAGUGGUGCUACGGAACCAGAUUUGUGUGUUUGGCAUAUACUCAGAUGAUCCUCAGAGUGCAAAGCAUUUGGUAACUUUGGACACAAGGGAUAAUCCUAAAGGUUUAUGUGAAGUCAGCCCAGCCUCUGACAGGCCUAUUUUGGCAUACCUUGGACACAAGCGAGGCAGCUUGCAGCUAUUUCAAAAAAUGAAUUUCCUUGGUCAAAUUGGUCAGUAUGUGGAGUCCCAGUGGGGUCUGGCUAGCUUCACUGUGGCAGCAGAAUGUGCUUGUAUCUGUGCAUUUGGACCACACAGCUCAGUGAUUGCUGUGUGUGUUGAUGGUUCCUUCCACAAGUAUGUGUUUACACCUGAUGGAAAUUGUAACAGGGAGGCCUAUGAUGUCUACUUGGACCUAGGAGAUGAUUUAGAGUUUUGAGGAUAUGUGAAUAUGUACUACUAAUAUAUGUAGUACAUAUAUUUUAAGUGAAAUAUACAAUUUAAGGAAAGAUAUGCGUAGGCUCACUGGUGAGACCCUACAAGUUAUAUCAUCAUACUUACCAACUUAUUGGUGCUAUCAGAAAUGGAUUUAGACAAGUAUUUAAUGUUGUGAAUAUGAGUCUGAAAUGAAAAUAGUUGCAUCCCAUAGGAUGUUGCUUGGAGUUUUGACUGUGUGGCCUUUACCUAGAGUCAACAUUGGUAUAGACGUGAAUAUACAUGUAUCAAUAUUGCAAACAUGAUGCAUGUUUUUAUGAUUAAGUAAGAUGCCAUUAAUGCAAUAGAACUACUAGUAUACC